AUGCAUUUCUCCGUCAUCGUCGCGUCCGCAUUGGCCCUCAUCCUCGCCACGUCUCUCAACACCGUCGUCUCGGCCCAAACGAUCGCUGUCCCCCAACAAGCCUGUAUGACCUGCAUACAAGCGUCCGCCCUGAAGCAAUCACCAAGUUGCGAUGCCGAGACAAUGUCCACCUUCGGCUUCAUUGGCCCUGGCGCCUUUGAAAAGAUGACACCUAAGCAAAAACGAUGCAACUGCAUGCUUUCCAUCUACGAUGACUGGAUCAAAGCCUGCACUUUCCAGGAUACUUGCACGGACGAGAAUGCCGCUUACCUCAAGAAAGUCCUUAUCAACAUUAGGGGAGAUGUGCGCUGCGUUCCUGCUGUUGGGCCUGAGGAGGGGUCUGCCAAUACCACAACCACGGCUACCAAGCCUUCUGCAACUGUCACCACACCAGUGGCCGUUCCUACCACCACAAUGGCACCCACUGGCAGUAAUAGAGGUACUCAUGUGGGCGCUUCUUGCUCCAAGCUUAUUGCUGGUGUGCCUAAGACUAUUCUCAAGACUGGUUUCGAGUGGCGGCCAAUCAAGGAUACUAAGGCGCUCAAAACAACAUUGGCCUCUUCCGCUGAUCAAGGGCGUGCUACCACUCAGUACAACGUCGUUUUGUUAUAUGAGAACGGCUGGGGUGUUCUGAAAGACAAGGCAAGGGCGAUGGAGUGGUACAAAAAGGUGCUUGACGGACGACAUGCUAACGUGAAGACAAAAAUCGACGAAUUGGAGCGGCAGGGCUCUAAUGUUCCUGAAGUGUAUGGAUUACCGGACCGUGGUAACAUCAUUUCUCAGGAAGUGUCUAAGCGCCAUGUGGCCGAGGGCUACUGCGGUUUCCAACCAGCGUCAGAUGCGGUAUAUGUCCCUGUCACCUACGACGGACAAGAGACCCAGUCCCUUUUGAGUAGACGACCACAGCAACCCAAGCGCGGAUGUACCCGCGGUGUCUUCUGCAAGCGCUGCCUUGCGGGAGCACACGAUAAUACACGGAGACGAACGAUUAUCCGCCGGACAGUCAUCUUCCUUUCAUUAUUCUGGUUCUUUUGGGUUGUCAAGCACUGGGGUUUUCGCCAUACGAUUUGGACGGACGAUCGUUGUUUCCAUCACCUGGUGCCCUGGGACGGGCCUUCAACGAUCACCUCUAACACUGCUGACAGUAUUGAGGUUGCAUUCGAUAAGGGCGAUAUCACUUCUGAGGUCGAGGUCUUGACAGGGGAUGAUAUUUCCACACCUACGGUGUUUAUUAAGGCGUGGGUCACCAAAAACUAUCUCGAGGAAGAGGAUGUUGAAGAGAAGGAGAUGAGGAAGAGAGGGCAUCCUUAUGGAGCGGUUAAAGGGUUGGAGGUCGAGGUUACAGAGGUUGAUGGAAAGCUCUCAAUUGUCCUCUCUUCUGAGGACAACACAGGCCGUCGUCGUGGUCGUUGGCCCCGCAACAAAAAGUUCUGUGCCAAGGUCGAUAUCAAGAUCGUCUUCCCAUCCACCCUUCGCAGCUACAACAGUCUAAUCGUCAGUGGAGUCCUCCAGGACCUGGACGUCAGAGGUGUCUCCAAGAUUGCAUUCGAGUCGAUCCAUCUCGGUUCUACUAUCGGAAACGUUGUCCUGCACGAUCUCGAGGCUGUUGGUGGUGUCCAGGCUAAGAGUCUGGAUAUUGUUACGGUCACAGGGUCUAUCAAUAUCGCAUCCGCCAAACCUGUUGAGGGACAUGGGUUGUUGGUGACCCUGGAAUCGACAGUGGGGUCGAUCAAGGUCAACGCGACCACGAACCCGAUCCUGUCGAGGGGUGGUGACAGGACCUCUCAAGAGCUUCAUCACAACCUGAACAUCAUGACCCACACUGGCGUCAUCGAGGCAGUCGUUCGUCCUGGUUCUGGAUACGAACAAGUUGCUGCUUUGGAGAAGAAGGAGACGAUCGUUGGAGAUGUGUACAUUAACGGAGUGUCAUUUCUUGGUCGUGUGGACACGGAUGUUGUUCUGGCACCUGAGCAGGACUUGCACCAGGAGUUGAGCGCUAACAUGGGUUCUGCACAAUCCACUGUCAGCGACAACUACCUGGGUUCGAUCGACGUCCGGACCGACUACGGACACGCCUAUGUGAGCGAGGCAUCCAAGAGUGCCAGCUGGAUUGAUUACCAGGAGAUGACCAAGACCGUGAAGGUUGGACACAAGGUCCUCCAGAAUGGCGGCAACGAGGGAAAGGGUGCGGUGAGACUUCAGUCUAACUAUGGUAACGCCAAGUUGACCUUUGAGUGA